UUUUCAGCUUGACAGAGAACUACCAGAAAUUCUUAAGGACUUUUGUGAGGACAACCUGGACUCCUAUUCUCACAUAACUGUCAUAGCAAGACGUAAAAACAUUUUAAAGAGUGCAUGUGUGGCACUGUCGAGAGGGUACUUUGAGUGGCACAAAACUCCGAAUAUAGAGUUUGUUGGAGAAAUGGCGGAAGACUAUGGGGGUCCAAGAAGAGAAUUUUUCAGACUCCUCAUGAUUGAGCUCCAAAGCAACCUUGGGAUAUUUGAGGGCAAACCUGGACAGUUGCUCUUCAGCUACGAUCAGAAGGCUCUAGAUGAAAAUAAAUUUUAUACAGCAGGAAGACUAAUGGCCUGGUCAAUAAUUCACAAUGGACCAGGCAUUAAGUGCAUAAACAAGGAGCUUUUUAUGUUAAUGUGUGGCCAGAAACCAGACCUCAGCACAUUUGAUCGUACAAAUUUCCUGGAAAAUGACCUUGUAGAAAAGCUGGCAAAGGUUGUCAGAUGCAGCACUGCAGAGGAGCUGACAGAGCUAAAAAACUCCCUGGGGGACUGGAUUUGUGACUGUGGGGUACCCAACAUUUUCACAGCCUCAGUGAGUGAUCUGACCACAGUUUAUGGGCAGUUAGUAACUCACUACAUCUACCACAGAGUGGCUAGUAUGAUCCAGCAGUUUACUUCUGGGCUGAACUCCUGUGGCCGGUUGUGGGAGGUGGUGGUUAAUAAUUGGAGAGCUUUCCUCCCCCUGUUUACUACCACAACAAGGCCACUGACAAGACAUGACAUCAGAGACCUCUUCAACAUUGUCUGGAGUUCACCAGGGAGCAACAGGCGAGACCUUGAGGAGGAGACUGUCUUCCAGUGGGAGUGCUGGCUAAUGUUGAUUCAAGGCAAGUGUUUUUUUUUUUAACUGCAUACUGUUUUAUAAUGUAAUUAGAUUUUGCUUCUUGCCUUUUACAUUUUUUUUUUUUUUUUUUUUACACAAACAGAAGAAGAGGUGGGCAUUUCUUUUGAGGAUGUCCUAGUGUUUGUAACUGCAGCAGAUUCUGUCCCUCCACUAGGCUUUCAGCAAAAGUGCCAAGUGGAAUUUUAUGACCAAGAGGAGCCUACCCGAAGAAUUCCAUAUGCGUCAACCUGUGCCCUGACUCUCUACCUGCCAAGAGGUGUGUCAGAGGAAGAGGAAUUCAGGGAAUUAAUGCUCCUUGCAAUUAAAGGAUCUCUCGGAUUUGGAAAAGUAUAAACGUCACCUUUUUUUUUUUCUUUCAGCUCUGUUAAAAAUUGUGGGGCAAGAUCUGAAUGUAUUUGACUGUUAAAUAAUAAAUCAGAAAACAAAUUUGGUGUGGAAACUUGGCACUUUUAUUUCACCAACAUUCCAGAAGACCUAAACACAGACAUUGAUUCACAUGACCUAAAAUUAAAAUGACUACUACAACAUCUUAACAUAUUUACAUAUUAAAAUAAUGACUAUUAAAGUCAUUGCCACAAGCAGCACUUAUUUGGGUCUAUAAAAAUGUAAAAACAUGACCAACUUUCCCAAAAAAAAAUUUGUAUGUUUUGGGGACAGUUUUUUUUUUUUUUUUGGAGUCAAGAAAUAAAAACAUGAAAGUAAUAAUGUAUAACGGGACAUACUCUAAACAAACUUGAAAAGGUUAGGUCUAUGUUUUGUCCAUUUAAUGAAAGUGAACCAGUUUCAUCUGUUGGCCCAGCUCUUCUGCCAAAUAUUUUUUGCAUAAUUUAUUGCAUAAUAAGUUGGAUCCUUGAUGACUCUACAAGGGGAAAGAAUAAAUGUUUUACUGAGAAGUUCUUAAAAAGCAUGAAUUCAUUUUAUACCAUUUCUUUAAACCAGUGGUUCUCAAACUUUUUAUACCAACCACUUCAGAAAAUAUUUGGCUCUCCAAGCAGCACCAUAAUGAGCAACAUUACAUUUCAGCAGCGUAGGCCUAACU